UAUAUAAACAAGCUGGGCCGGCACUACCUCUUACUUUUUUUCUUUUCACAGUCACUUCUGCAGAGGAAUAGAAUCCAAGGACCAUGAAUAAGCUGCUGGUCAUCACUGUGCUUGUUGCACUUUUUGCACUCAGUGCUGAAAGCUUCCGUGUGCCGAGGCAGGUUGAUGAGGAAGAGCAAGGGACCAUCACAAAAAUAACAGAUACUGUCAAGUCCUACUAUGCAGGUGCGGUCAACACUGCCAGUGAUUACCUGGAACAGAUCAAAGGCCUGAAGCUGGAGGAGAAGGCAAAGAAUCUUUACACUGAAACUUCCAACAUUAUGAGCACCUAUCUUGGCAUUGCACAGGACCAGCUUUACCAUAUUUUUCACCAUUAAUAGUGAAAAAAAAGUUAUCCAAUGACCUCCACAACGUUACAUGGUUGUGUAAGGACUUUCAACCUACACAAGAAAGGUUCAGAAUUCAUUUUACAUUCUGUCCUUGGCGAUACUCUCCCCACACGCAAGUGUCAAACUCUCUAACACAAUGGACGAGGUGCAUUUUGUAGCACUUUCUCAAUCCACUGCAUUGGAGGUAAAUAAUGAUAACCACCCAAUGGGGACUUUAGCCCUUUGAAAAACAACUAAGAGCUUGGAAUGAGAAAAUGGACAUGAGAAUUUGGCAAGCACAAGAAAGGGAGCAUUUUAAGAUCUGCUACCACCUGCUGAUAUGCUGAUAUUUCCUCACAGUACCAUGGCAUCUCUGAAUAAAUUUCAGUUUGUUAUAUCUUGAAA